CGGAAAUUAGAAAUUCAAAAUAUCUCGACUUUAGCAUAAUCUGCACGUUGUCAGAGUUCCUUGCUAUGGUGGGUGAAAGUUAGCAAAAUGUUUAAUACCUCCGAGCUUUCUCGCUCUACUUUGUCGCCUUUUACACCAAGAAACACGUCAAGGAGAAGUCUUAGUUCUCCCGGGCAGUCAAGUAGAUUAUUUCCUCGUUCAAACAGGUCAGGUACCCACUCACAGAAACCUUCAAUUCCGGCAAGAGUUAUAGAAGAGACACCUUUACAUCUUGUUGAAACCUACGGACUACCUUUGCCGGUUCAAGUGAAUGAAGUUGCUGCAGCUCAUGAAAGAUCCUCUCCUGUCAGUGUGCAUUUAGAUCCUUCUGGCUGGGCAUGGCUGGUUUUCGAAAGAAGGUUGUUAGUUUGGAGAUACAAAUCCACAGAAAAAUCAAAGGCAACAUUUUGCAAAGAGUUUGUUCUCCCACCAACGGAACUCUACAAUAGUGCUAAACUUGUGUGUCUGGUUGGGGCUCCAAACAUCGACUCCAGGCAGUAUGGAGUGCUUGCGGUCUCGCCUGAAGGUCUGGUUUGUUAUUGGCCGAGUAUGAUGUACGAGAGCAGUCCGAUUGAAACCGAAACAGAGCUGGUUGGACAAGAAUUUCAUUCAUUGAUUGAGUUUCAACCUCAUGGUUAUUUACUGUCUACUACAACAAAUGAUAUCUUAUUGUUACAAAUACAGAAGAAAACCAUUUCAUUUCAUCGUUUUCGUCAACCUGGCGGAGUGCUUUCCGGUUUUGGUCGCCGAAUGUCGUCUUUCAUUUUUGGCGCGAAUGAAUCCAGCUCUUCGCUUUUACGUAAAAUAAUUGUGGAAAAGGAUUGCCAAGGUUCCUUAAGAAACUUUUAUGCUCUCUCUGAAAACUCUCUUCGCAAGUGGACUGCUGAAAAUCAUGGAGGCAGAGGAAUUAGCGAAAAGACCGAAGUGGAGUGGAAUAUCUGCGCUCUUUUUGAGCAACAAACGUCUCAACGAUUUCAGAUUGGCUUAGAUAAAGUGAAGUCAUUUUGUAUUGACGCUCAAGAAUCCAGUUCUGGAAUUUCAGUCUUAUCAGCGAUGCUUGUUCAAAAUCCAGAACUUGACGAGGCGCGAAUGUAUUAUUUUCUAGGAACUCUCGAUGUCGACGAUGAAAGUGAUACAUUUGGUCGAUUUGUUUCCUUUGUUCAACUCAGAUUUGCCGAGGAAUACAAGGAGGAAUUGCAUCAAAAACUGGUGGAUUUUCAAUUGCUUAUUCCUGCUUCAAGUAAACAUGCGUUUUUGUACAGCGAGAAUAUCAUUGUUCCUUUUUCAAUCAAAAAUACCGAUGAAGUUUUGAAUAAGGUUGAAUUUCUUGCCGAAGAUGAAGGAUUAUGGGGAUCUGGUUUCUCGGAAAACUUAGCGUUGUUUUUCGUGAGAAGACACGGCAUUAUCAACAUCACAGCUACGACAGAAAAUGAAUCUGAGAGUGAGACCGAACACCUGGCCUCGCCACAUCAGCUCGCCUCUGAAAUACCAGCGCAAGAAGAUAACGUUGGCGCAGGCGAUAACAUGGGGACGUUGAGGACAGCAUUUUUACAGUUUUGUCAAGGAAAUAAGGACCAGGCACAAACAAUGUGUGAGGAACAAUUUGAAGAUAUCUCACUGUUCGAAGGGGUAUCAAGUUUUGACAAUGCUGUUGUGAAUGUUAGUCAAGAAAUUAUCGAUGAUUACCCGGCCUCUGAUCCCAGAUGGGCUGAGGCUGUUCCAGCCGAUUCUGGUUCAUCAUCGGCUUCUCUUAUCAUUAUCCAUCAACUAGAGGACAAACUUAAAGCUCACGAUUACUUUGUACAAUUCUUGAAGGAGGUUUUUCUGUCUCAAAAGCUGUCCACGUUUCAACAGUUUGGAAGGAUCGUUAAUACAAGGCAUUCAUUGUGUGGUCAUGCUGAGAAGCUCAAGUUUGCAAUAGCUCUGAGAAGGCAGCACAACAAACAUCAGGAGUUAAUGGACGGUGCAAUCGAGCUGGUUAUGAAACGCAGAGAUCAAGACUCGGCUCCUAAAGGUCUUACACAACAAGAUUUGUUUUACCGUGAGGUUAGCCGAAUUUCAGACGUUAUUUCUGGGCUACUGGAAUUUGAGAAGUAUAAGUUAUCCCAACAACCAACAAAGCAAGAUUAUCAGGAGAUCAUUAUGGCUGUAAAUAGUAUAUUGGAAAAUACUCUUCAAGAAGCCUGGCAGUAUCGUCAAGCAAACGAACAACACUACACUUCAUCUCGCGAUGAUGAAAUAUUCGUCGAAUUCUUACCUUGGACAGCAUCAACCGGUCCUGAUGGAACUAGGACUCUUCUUCUUGAACAGCUUGACAUCACUCGCGACAGAGCGUUUCCCUUAGCUGAGGACCAGAAGACAAAAGCCGUGUUAGUUCAACAACUUGUCCAUCUCUCGGAUAUCUUACUUGACGGUUAUGUGACACAAUUGAACUCUCUAAGAAAUCUUGACGAUCAAUCCAAAUUUGAGGAAACCACUCAAAAAUACGAGCUUGAUCGCCGUCGAGUUAUCUCCCCGUUAGUUUCUCGUGGCUACCUCGAAGAGGCGCUUUCACUUGCCGAGAAAUAUCGAGAUUUUGACAUUUUGAUCGAAAUUUGUGAAGAACUCCAAGACCAAGAUAAACUACAGCACUACAUGAAUCUGUUCAGCACUGAGAAUUUCUCAGAUUUUGCUUUCAAAUGGUAUAUGGACAGAGGCAAGCGAAGCAAACUCAUGAGUCAGCCAACAACACAACAUGAGAAUCUCUCGAAGUUUUUGUCAUCUCACGACCACCUGAAGUGGCUUCACGACAUCGAGAGACAUUCAUUCUACCAGGCUUUCGAUACACUGAAAGACUUAUCUGAAAAAGAAGAGAUGUAUUUGGGACGGAAAAAGACCUUACUUAGUCUCGCCAAGUUGGCGUUGCUUGCCUCAGAUGAAAGUGAAGAUGAAAAUGUUGUACAAAUUUUAGAUGAUAUAACAAAUCAAGAAACUCUGAUUACACAUCAAGAAACCAUUCCUUCUGAGAUACUACAGAGUGUUUCUGUAGACCCGGUGGACAUGCCACCUCUCACACCAGAUCAACUAAUAGAGCUUUAUAUAAGCGACGUGAACAGAAAUCGUGAUGAAUCUGAUUUCAAAAAAGCUUUGGAUGUUUUGCACAUUGCAUAUACGGACGAAGAUCAACGCGAUGAAUACGAAACACUGCGGUUGAGAAUUUGGUGCCAGGCCAUUCUCGUAGACGACUGGGCAAAUAUGGAAGCGGACGAUCCCAUAUUGGCCGCAAGGAAUACGGUAUUCUUUAAAACGGUCGAAGUAGCUUUGCACGAAGGGUUUGAUUUAGCCUCAUACUUGCCGUCCCUCGAAAGUUUUUUAAAUUCCGAGGAUCUCAAAGCGGUUGGACUGCCCGAGAACUCCACGUUCCAGUAUCUAUUGCGUGCAGGAUAUGAACAGAUUCUGAGAACGCACAGUGACAUGGAUUUUGAAAUUUAAACUGUCGUAAUGAAAACUUCACGCACUAAGGCAUAUCUCGUAAGCCAUAUUUACAUCCAGCUAUCAAAAUCGUUUGUAAUGAUAAGAUUCGUCCAUGAAACAAUCCUCAUGUCGAGUCAAAAAAUAUAAUCAAAGUGGCUAACCUCAGCAGUUCGCAUAUGACAUGUUAUCCUCUCUGAGAUGCCUCAAUUAUGUCGGAGUUUUAAGCUUCCGAAAAGCAACUGGAUUAAAUCUCUGCAAUGCAUUGUCGCUUUGCUCGUUCUCCUUCUGAUCUUGAUAUGGAAAUUUGAACAAGUCCGCGUACUUACUAGAAGAAGCAAUUUUUUUAAAUCAUCGAAACCUCAAGCCAACGACACAGCAAUAACGGAAGAAGAUUUGGUUGCUUCGUACAGUAUCGUGGAAACAGUAAACCCUGCAUUCGCUUGGAAACCUGUAGUUUUACACCUUUCACCAAAAUCCUCGAACAAUUUCAAAGUGGGCCGAAGUACAUUUUGGGGAAGAGCAAAGAGCGACCUUGAAAUUAUUUCACUGAAGGUAGAGCAUAUUAAAGACGAUGUUUACAGAGCCGUAUUUCUUCCAAGCAUCGGAGGUUUAUAUAAGGUCGAUAUUUAUCUAACUUACAUUAACGCAGAGCAACUUGAAUACUCUCGUCAUGUGAAGGCAAGAAUGGUGAACGUAACGGGAUCGCCAUUUUUUCUAGUUGUUCAAGGGCGAACUCCCCCUGGAAAUAUUACGCGAUAUUGUACACAGACCGAGAGCGGUACAGCGCA